UUAUACGCGUCUCCCUCCGCAGCCCUGAGCAGAACAGAGACAGAGCCAGAGAGACGCGCAGACCCGCCGGCCCGCUCAGAGGAGUCCGUAGAGAUGAAGGCAGUAGAGAAGACGGCGCGGCUCCUCCACACACAGCAGCCCCUGCUCUCCUGGUCAUGGACCCCCCGCUCCUCGGCCGGAGCUCCGCUCAGCCAGGCCGCUCCGCAGCGGCGGACAGAAUGAGGGAGACGCGCCGCCGGCUUCGUCGCUGCUUUCUCGGGAAGCAAUGACGGAUGAGGUUUUUGACUCGUUUGUUGAUUUAUUGUUCAUGGCUUCGGUUUUUCGGUGAAUCUGUUAGCGGUAGAGCUCGUAGGCUACACGGCCGCACUGUCUUACACAGAGAUGGUCUAAUAAUUACACAGCGGAGGGAGAGAGAUAGAGAGAGAGAAUGAAAGAGAGAGAGAAAGAGUGAUAGUGAGAGAAAGAAAGAGAGACUUGAGGAGAUUUUUUGUUUUGUUUAUUUUUUUCUCAGGCUAUCGAGUAUCUAUCUGAUGAGUCUGUGGCGAAUUCAAGCGAGCAGACAUGAGAUCGAGAUAAUAACCCGGUGAAGAAAGGGGCGUCUUUAGUGCACCUUUUUUUAGUGCAUCUGGUCCGAAUCUGAUUUCACAUCCUCGCUAGUAUGGAUAUCUAAUUAACCUGGCUCUGUUUUAAAAUGCCUUGUAAAAUAUUAUACCUGGUUUAUACGCGUAGAGACGAAGCUCAUUUUCUAAUCAUUAAGUCAGCCUACACUGCUGCUUCUUUGCCUUUGUCUUUAGUGUAGUAUCCUAGGUUAGCUCAGUUAGUGAGAUACAUAGUAGUAAAUAGCUGUUAGAUAUAUAGAUAUAUAUAUAGAGAGAGGUAGUUAUAUUAGUUAAUAACUAGCCUAGUGUAGCCUACUGUAAUCUAGCUAGCAUUAGCGUUAAUAUGAAAGCGAGGGGUCGCUGACAAUCAUAGCACAGCCUAGAUAACCUAGUUAAGCUAGUUAGAUAUCUAUAUAUGUUAACCUAACCUAAGUAGUUAAACAUUGCGUCGUAAUUUAAUAGCUAAUUUAUUGAUGAUUAUAUUAUUAUAAACUAUAUGCUAUAAUUAGGCCUAUUAGCUGGUAUUAUUACCUAUUAUUUUGGAUAAUUAAACACGUGGUAGUUGAUAGAAAGACGUUUAAUCGAGUGGGAGAUUCCUCACUGGUUUCCUUGCCGGUGAUGGAUGUCGCCUGUGCCUCGCCUCAGCGGCAGCCCCCCGGCUCUCUGGCCGAAGCGCUGCAGUCCGCAGCGGGCAGGCCAGGCGCGCUGCAGCCGCCCUCUCCCUCGCCGCUGCCGGCCGAGGACAAGCGGAGCUCCGGCGUGAAGAAGCACCACCACAAGCACAACCUGAAGCACCGCUACGAGCUGCUGGAGACGCUGGGGAGGGGCACGUACGGCAAGGUGAAGAAGGCUAUUGAGAGGCACUCUGGGAGGGAGGUUGCUAUAAAGUCAAUCAGGAAGGAAAAGAUCAAGGAUGAACAGGAUAUGGUUCACAUCCGCCGGGAGAUUGAGAUCAUGUCGUCUCUCCGACAUCCCCACAUUAUCUCUAUAUAUGAAGUGUUUGAGAAUAAGGACAAGAUUGUAAUCGUGAUGGAGUACGCCAGUAAAGGGGAGCUGUAUGACUACAUCAGCGAGCGGCGGCGUCUGACGGAGAGAGAGACGCGACACUUCUUCAGGCAGAUUGUCUCUGCUGUGCACUACUGCCACAAGAAUGGAGUGGUGCAUAGGGAUCUGAAACUGGAAAAUGUGCUACUGGAUGAGAACUGUAAUAUAAAGAUUGCUGACUUUGGGCUGUCCAACCUGUAUCAUAAGGACAAGCUCUUGCAGACAUUCUGUGGCAGCCCACUGUAUGCAUCUCCAGAGAUUGUUAACGGAAGACCUUAUCGGGGCCCUGAGGUGGACAGCUGGGCGCUGGGAGUGCUGCUCUAUACUCUGGUCUACGGUACGAUGCCAUUCGACGGGGGAGACCACAAGAACCUCAUCCGCCAAAUCAGCAAUGGAGAAUACAGAGAACCCACACAGUCUUCAGAUGCACGGGGUCUGAUUCGCUGGAUGCUGAUGGUGAACCCGGAUAGACGGGCUACAGUGGAGGACAUCGCAAAUCACUGGUGGGUGAACUGGGGCUGGAAGAGCAGCGUCUGUGACUGCGAGACCCAACGUGACACCGGCUCCCCCAUGCUGGCUCGCCUCAUCGACUGGCAGAACCGGACAGAACCACGAGGCACCAAAGGCACUCGGCCUGAGCCGCUCCUGCUGGUCCGCCAGCGGCUGAAGAAGUCCAAGAAAGAGAAUGAUGGAGGGAUGCCCCACUGCCAUGGAGAAGACAGCCUGGGCCUGAAGAGACCGAAAGGCAUUCUAAAGACACGCACAUCAGAAGAGCAGCACUCUCCCACCCUGGAGGACAUCGAGCUGGUGCCCACCGCAAAAGAAGCAGAGCGGGAGACGGGGUCUGCGGAGGGGCGAGAAGAGGAGGAGGAGCCAGCACUGACGGGAGGCUCUCCAGCUAAGAUGGUGCCCAUCCUGCCAAAGAAGGGCAUCUUGAAGAACAGCCAGCAACGUGAAUCAGGGUACUAUUCUUCUCCAGAGCGCAGUGAGUCCUCCGACCUGCUAGGCGGUACUAUAACUCCACUCGUCGCCAGCUCACCACCGAAGCGUGCCGUAGGUAGAAAGGGCAUUCUGAAGCGCAACGGCAAAUACUCCACCUACAGCGCCAUGCCUUCCAUGAGCGUCCUCGGAGAGCCUCCAUCCGGAGACUCGGGUUUGUCGCGCAGCCAGAGCCGGCCCUCCAGCAUUGUGGGCGAAGACAGCAGCAUCCUGACCAACAGCUCCUUCAGCGGAGUGGACUGGCCUCCCAUCGCCCCGCGGCCCAAGAUCAGAAGCUGCGUGUCUGCAGAGAACCUGCUUCAGCUGGCCAACUUCAAAGGGCUUCAGGCGGCACCGCCUCUCCACGGCGGUAAAUUUGGCAGAGCGGCGCACGGGCAAGGCUCUCCUGGAGACAACAGCAGCUUCUCCCUGCUGGGAGACCUGGAUGACAUGACUCAGGUGUACCAGCAAGCCCUGGAUAUCAGCAGCAACCUGUCGUAGAGAAAGAGGGGUAGAAGAAGUAAAGAUGUAAAGAGAAAGAGAGAGAGAGAGGAGGCAGAGGGGAAUGUGCGAGGCUCUGAUUUGCUUCGUGCAUCUCUGACGACCAGUGUGAUGCUGGGAUAGUCUGAUCAGGAGACUGAACAGAUCGAGUUGGGUUUAUACACUACCGAACACACACACACAAAAAUCACACAGAUACAAGCUUAGUGUAGUACAGUACGUGUUCAGUAGGUACAGUGGUAGUUAGUUACUUCUGCCUGCCCUCAACCCUCACAAAGACCAGUGCUGAGUUCAAAUGUUUACAUGUUCAAGCAGAAGGUGAGUUAGAAUCACACAUAGACACACCACACAGUGGGCGGCUCUGAAGACGAAGCAGAGAGCCGAGCUGAGUUUACAAAAGCACCUUAAAACUCACGUAGAGCACAUGUUGUGAUUUUUACUUCCUGUAAAAAAAAAAAUGAAAAAGAAAACCAGGGUCUUGCUCAAAAUGAACUGACAGUGUCAUUUAUUUAUUAAUAUUUUAGAGCGUAGAGUUAGCGAUACAGAACUGGUGUGCUCUGGCUGUACUGGAAGAGCGGGAAUCUCAGUCUCUCCUUUAACCCGAAUGGAACUGACAUAUAUAAUUAUUAUAUAUGCUAUUUAUUUCGUUAUUAAUCACUAAGACCGUAUACAUGAGACAUGAGGCCUCAUAUAUAUAUAAAAUAUAUUAUGACAAACUCUUACAGGUCUUAUAUUUAGACUCAUUUGUAUGGGAAUAUGUAGGAAGUGCCUUUUUAAAAUUCAUAUAAAAUUAUGUAUGUCAUUUCCUAAAACAAAGAAAAAGUGGAGAGAGAUGCCAGAUGGAGCCAUCACCAGAUGUGCUGUUCUGUUUUUGUAUUGUAUUGAAUGUUGAGAGACCCAGGACCUCAGAGUGCAAGGCCUUUUCUAUAAGCACAUUGGCCACGGCCACGUUGGUAAUGUUAGCCCAAGCCAUCAAACCUCUGUAAAGUCUUUGUAAAAAGCUUCUAGUGACAACCCUUUUUUUCUCUACAUGCUACUUAAAGAUUGACAGUUCAGUGACGGGCGCUGAUCCUGCGUGAAGAUGAAAGGGCAGCUUCUAAAGCUCCUAACUCUUCCCGACCUCUCCGAAUCCCUCACACAAUGACUUUGUUUCUGUCUGUUCUGCUGCCCUGUUUAAGGUUUUAUCCUCAAAGGCUUUAAAAGGCCUGCCCGUGUCUGACUGGCUCUUGGAAGAGUGCUUGUGCAUUGUUUGGCUCUCUGGGUUGGAGUGUGUGUGGGUUUCUUGAUUGAAGUGAAUUGCUUUUUAAGCCCUCUGGACAUCUUCACCUUAGCAGGCUUUUUUCUUUUUUUCUUUUUUUUUAAACAAGUAGGUAGCACUUUCAGACACACUCUCAGUUCUGAGGAAUGUAACAGGCCAAAACAGGCAGUUUAGACAUUUCCACUGUUUUUUUUUCCUGAAGAGCUGAUGCCUCUACUUGUUUACAUCCAGAUUUGUUGAGUCCUCAUACUGUGAUUGACCAGUAUGAGGACCAACUAGGCACAGUUGACUUUUUUUUUUUUGUAUGUCAUUCGUUUUUUUGAUGUGAUCUUUGGAACGUUGACCCAACAGAGGAUUAAGAAAAAAAAGCAGGUAAACAUUACUGUUUUCAAAACAGUGAUGAUCCAGCAAAUUCCAAAGGCUCUUGGCAAAAGCAGUGGCAUGCAUGUUUGUACUAGAACUUGUUCUGGGGGUGCUUUGCUGUUUUGUAUACUUAAAUAAGUUGGGCUUUUUGGACUUUUACCAUUGAUUAUUGUGCGUAAAUCAACUUGGAACAAAGUUAGUAUGCUAGGUAACGUAGCCUUAAUGUAGUAGUGAAAUGGAGAUGCACCAAGUAUUCAGCAAAUACUUGAUGAAAUAGUUUGGAUGAAAAUGGUGUUUGACUGAAUCUAUGAAAAGACAGAAAAAUAAAUAUAGAACAUGAUUGUUUUUAAUAAUGCGAUUAAAUCGCAACCUGCAAAAAAAAUCUAUUUGGUGUUCACUUUUCGUUCAUUUUGCAUUUUUGCAGUUUCAGUUUCAGCCGAAAAUGCUUAUUUGAGUGCAUCCCUAUAGUGAAGUCACACAGAGUGUGUUGUAGAAGGUAAGUGAGUGUAGAUGUUGAGCAGAUUUAGAGAAAGAUUUAGAGAAGUGUGUUAUUAAUAAUAGUGGUAGGUACGAACGUUAGGUACAAUCCUUUUCCAGUAAGCAGGUUUCAUGAAGGAUUAACUGGAAAAUGGAGACAGCAGCUUUUAAUCCUGCUGUACAUUAAGAAAGACGACUGGAAGUGUUGACGUAGCGCGAUGAGGUAGGUAGAGAUUGAGAAAGGACGUGGAAAGUGUUUGUUUUAUAGUUCUCCGUGUCUGAAAGACAGGGAAAGUAGUGCUGAAUGUUGUUUAAUGUAGAGGAGAUUGUUUCACAGUUCCUGUUUGUGCACCCCCCUCCAGCAAAGCCCCCUCAUCAUGAUCAUCAUCAUCAUCAUCUAUUACAAUGAAUAGCAGAAGGAGUGCUGAAAUAGAUAAAUCGCUAAAACCACGUAUCAACAAACCGACUGACAUCUGUGCAACAUAUGAAGGCGGUUUGUGCAACAGAGGUCCUGGGUACUGCAGAAAAAUGAGACACCCUUUGUGUAUUGCAUUGUAUUGCAUUUUUGUAUUGCAUUGUAUUGUCAACUGGAUUCACAGUGAAAAAAUUAUACUACGUUAGUAUUUUCGUUUAUUAUGCUUCAGUUUUUGAUUCUCCAAAAUAUUGAAUCUUUUAUCAUUUUAUUUUAUUUUUAAUUUCUUUUUAUUUUAUGGCAGAAGCAUGGAUGUGGUACUCCCUGAUUCAACCGGGGCUGAAAUUUCUGAAACGUCUCACAGUAAGCCUCAUUCACAUGAUGGAACUGAUCCUAGAUCAGCAGUCCUGUUCCAAAACAUGCAGAAUAUGUCUUUGUCCUCGUCCUAGUGCUGACUGACUGACAGCGAUACACAGCAGAUAGUGGAGAAGUCCAGUUCUGUCCUGCCUUAAGCAAGGGAACUUCUCACCUACACAACAGAGAAGCUUCAGCAGGUCCAGCUCAUUCGUUCAAGAGCUAGAGCCAUUCCAAAGAUGCCUUCUGAAAGGCGGCAAAUGGUUUAAAAAAUCACACCAAGGUUCAGUUCAGGCUUAUUCGUCUCUGUCUGCAUUGCUGGUGAACUCGUGUCUUAAGGAACCACUAUGAAUCACCGUAAAGUGCCAUUGUGCUGUCACAGCUGAUCAGCACACAGUUAGUUCACAUUCACCACAGAGUGGUCGCAAAGAAAGGACAAAGCCACACAAUUUGAUGAGCUGCAAACGUGUUUUCUGCCAAACUGGAAUUAACUGGUGCAUAUCUGUUAGUUAGCAGAAAGUCUACUUAUAGGAAAACUUGACUGGAUAUUGUUAUUGACAAUAAAAAGAUAGUAUUAUUAUGUUAUUUAAGUAUUAUUUUUUUGAUUAUUUUUGUUACGAUUCAUUACCAUUGUUGGCCAAACGCCACAAUAAUCGUUUUCUUUUUUUUUUGCCUAAUUGAUUUGAAACCCUUGACUGCCGAGGUGGUUUUUGUUUCAGUGCCUUUGCUCUCUUUUAUGAUCAUGUUAAAUUUUUUUGAUAAUGAUAAUUAUAACAGUUGUGUUUUUAUACUCUAUUUAUUGGUGGUGAAGCCAUUUUGCUUGAUGUAACGACACCCCAUGCCUCGUCUAUGGCUGUGUGGGAGCGAGUGCUUUAGAUAUGAGUCAGGAUUACAUGGAAAGACAGAGAACGACAGAGAAAGAGAGCAUGGGCUGCAGUUAUGUCAUUGUGUUGUACAGGCAUUGGUUGGUUGACUGUUUGUCUGAGGUGCUGAUGCUCUUGUUCAGAUAGUAAAUCUGAAAGAGUUCAGUGGUCAGUAUCUCUUAUGUAUGGCGAAACCAAGCCACUGUAAAAACAGCUCAAUAAAUGGAUCAUUUCAAAAGAA